AGUUGCAACGCAACCAGCGGAUCUAAGCUACUACUACUGGCUGUAGACUUAUAUUUACCAAACAGAUAUUACUUUUAAGAUGUCUAUAUUUCCUCAAGAAGCCAGCAAGCUACAAAAUCAGCCCUGGCUGACUCCGCCCCUCAAACUCAGUGGAUGUGGAUGCGAGAAAAAGGCCAGCAACAGAGUGACAGACAACACAGCCCCUCCGCUCCGCUCCGCGUAGUAGCGGAUAUCGUCUCUGUGAACGGGGGAGCAGAGGCGAGCCAAACCGAGUCGCAUGUUUGCUGUGCAACAAGGCGAACAGGAGCAAAAUGGACCGCCGGCCAGCAGCAGCAGCAGCAGCAACAUCCAGUGAGGACCGACACAGUUUUUAGGGUCCUGUUAUAUCCUGGAGGACAUAUGGUCAUGAAGAAAUAGAAGCACCAGUUGAGGCCCUCCAGCUGACCUCUGGUCUAAGUCCCGGCCGUGGGGCUUUGUUGUUGGUGGGCCAGCUGAACAGGCGUGUAUGUGAGUGAGAGGUAAUGAAAUCCAGUAUGAGGCAGUGGCGGAGGCUAGUGCUGGUGGGAAUGCUGGCUUGGGUUCUCCUCUUCCUCGCACUCCUCUCUUACUUCCUGGAUGCUCGUGUGAAUGAGCCCCUCACCUCUGUUGGCUCUUUACUCUCCCAGCACCCUGACACCCGCCGCCUGGCCUCUAUACAGGCCUCCCAUCAACAGCAUGCUAACCUGGGUUCCCGCCCUGAACUGGCUUCCACCUUAACUACGACCUACCGUGGAGGUGAGCCGGAGCCGGAGCCUUCUGCCAGCUCCACCACCCCAGAGCUCAGCCUGGAGGCUAGCCGCAGCCCCAACAGUGCCCCCUAUGCCAUUUAUGGUAGCCAGGAGACCAGCCGCCAGGACUACCUGGACCCACAGAGCCUGGCUGCCUGGUCCUCAUUUGGUACAGAAAAUGUGGGCUCUCACUCAGGCCCUUCAAUCCAGAGUCGUGAGAGAACUUCCCAGGGAGAGUACCAGAACCAUGUCAGGCCCACACGCUACAAUGGAGGCGAGGAAGAAGAUGAUAGGGACAAUGAAGAAGAAGAAGAGGAACUAGGAAACAGAAUGAGGACUACAGCGGGCAGGAGGGGCGGUGGUGACUCCUCUGAUCUGGAGGAAUAUUACUUCUCCAAGUCGGCCUCAGUGGUGCAGCGGCUGUGGCGGGGUCGCGUGUCGGCCCGUAUGCUGACUCCUCGACUCCAGCGCGCCAUGAAGGACUACGUUAGUGCCAACAAACACCAUGUUACAUACAAGGGCCACCGCAGGGCUGCCCAAAGUGCGAAGGAGCUGCUGUGUCAAAUGAGAGCCCAAGCCUGGCUCAGGACAGUGGAUGGGUCGGAGCAGCCAUUUUCCUCACUAGGUUGGUCUCGUCUUGUGCCGUCUCUUCCCCUGGAGCGACUGAGCGGCCAGCAGGACCAGAGAGGCUUCAAGACAUGUGCGGUGGUCACAUCGGCUGGUGCCAUCCUGCGUUCAGGACUGGGCAAAGAGAUCGAUGCACAUGAUGCAGUUUUGCGAUUUAACGCUGCACCUACAGAGGGAUACAUGAGAGACGUGGGAAACAAAACCACCAUCCGCAUCAUCAACUCACAGAUUUUGGCCAAUCCCAAGCAUCGAUUCAAUACAAGCUCAAUCUACAAGAAUGUGACUCUGGUGGCCUGGGAUCCUGCACCUUACACUGUAAACCUACACAAGUGGUAUGCCAGCCCGGACUACAAUCUUUUUGGUCCUUAUAUGGAGCACCGCAAGCUCAAUCCUGGCCAGCCCUUCUACAUCCUUCACCCGAGCUACGUGUGGCGUCUCUGGGAUGUAAUUCAGGGCAACACUCAGGAGAAUAUACAGCCCAAUCCUCCCUCAUCUGGCUUUAUAGGCAUCCUCCUGAUGAUGGCGCUGUGUGAGCAGGUGCAUGUGUACGAGUACAUUCCCUCCAUGAGGCAGACGGACCUGUGCCACUACCACGAGCGUUACUAUGAUGCUGCCUGUACACUGGGUGCCUACCAUCCCCUCCUGUAUGAGAAGAGCCUGAUCCAGCGGAUCAACACGGGCCCAGAGAGUGACCUCAGGAGGAAGGGACGCGUCACUCUUCCGGGCUUCAGCACCGUCAACUGUGAUAUCUGAGAUAUGAAACCUGACCCUCUGAGCCCGAACAUACACACACUCCAGCCUUUAUCCGGCUGACUAAGGGAGAGGUGCAAUAAAGCCGCUGGAGACAAGGAGGCUGGAGCCUACACGUUUCAAAUUAGACCUAUGAAGAACAUAAGCCAUAGCCCUCCAGGGAGGGAAACAUAUGGAAGCUUCUGGAAAUGCCUGUCUUCAUUAAGAUGGUUUACUUGACCAGAGUCUGGCAGAAAGUGUCUCCAAGAUGGAGCUGAAAAAAGACGUUUCUCUCUGCUUUAGCUGAGCCACGUUAGCUGUGGAGCUGACUAGGGUAGCAACAGAUCAUUGUUUUUAGAUAGACAAGGGAAUUUUUAAUAACUGAGUGUGUUUUAAUGGUGUAAACUCUGUGUUUUUAAAUAGUAUGGGUGGUUCUCCACUUAAAGGAAAUGCCACUGUUUGUUUUUUUUAAUUUCCUUUUUUACUGGUCCUAAGGGUUGUGAAUAAGCAAAGAAGUCAUCCACGCUGAAUGUCAUAAAUGCAACACAAAUACACACAUUUACACUUAACGUAGAGCAGCAACACAUGAAGUAGAAGAAUGAGCAGUGUUGAAGGCAGUUUCAGUGUCUCCACAGAGGCGAAGUCAAGCAGUCAUAUUACUGUACAUUACAUUGCUCUGCAGCAGGUGUUCCUGUUCAACAUUCCUCUGAUAUCUACUUGUGAAAUCAGUGUUUCAUGUCAUUGCAAGGGGUUUAGUUCACACUUGAUUUAAAAUUACUCUCCUUUGCAUGCCAACUUGCCAGCUCGCUACCACCAGUCUGUCGCACCUCGUUCACACCAAGGGUGAUUCCUCAUUCAGAGUAAAAAGCCUGUCUCUCCGUUAGUAGCCCACAGGAAGCACGGCACUGGUAAUCCUACCUAUAGUAACAUUUUUUACUAAUAAAAGUCAAAUAAAUGGGGCCAAAAUGGAUCUUCAGAACAAACUGGUGCUCAGAACAGCCGUAACCCUGUGCCUAGUGGUCAACUGAACACUUUCCUCGGGUUGCCUUGUGACUGUUCAGGUACAUACAUGCAGUAUAUACUGUGGCAGGACUGCAGUAACAUGGAAUUUAAUUGUGAGCAGCGUGGAGCAAUUGAUGUUGCUGCAAAAAGCUGCAUCAGGGGAUUUUCAGCUCUGCUUCGGCAAUCACCAGCCCCUGUUUUUGACCUUCAGUUCACUCUAUAUUGAAUGUAAUUUUACCACUGCGUGUAAUGGCCAAACCCUCCCUGGAGCUCGCCACUGCAGAACAACAGGGUCUGCGUAUGUGCAGGGUUAUUUCUUUGUCAUGUAACAGCACAAAGCUCAUUUCCUACAACUCUUAACGUCUCGUAUUUCCUGGAUCCCCUAAUAUUGAAUCCCUGCAGCUCAGAUUAUAAAAGAGGAAUUGGAACCGGUAGUAUCAGCCAAUGUGAUUUGUCUCCAGCUCGGAUGAUUUUUAUGUUUACAGUCAGUGAGUGCCACAUCUGCAGCAAGCUCUAUAGGUAUUAGUUCAGCAUGGAGAGGGGGGUGGUUGCAGUUUUCUUCUGCAGACAGUCAGAAAAAUCUUGCCUAUAACAGAGAUUUUUAUUGUUACGUGUGCUAUUCUACAAAAUGUUCUUGUGCCAUUGGUUGUGGUUUGAUAUAAGAUGUGAAAACUUGUCUCGGAGAUGUUGCCUUGAAUCGUCUGAUGUAUGUUGAAUUAGAUGGCUCUGUAGUUGUAGUAUGUAGAUGAUUCUGGGGCUCUUAGUUACUUGUUGUUGAGUCGGGCUGGGUAUCAUUCAGAAUGUAUCAGUACUUGAAACUGAACAGAACUCUGCUGAAACCCAAAUUUUUAUUGUAUUUAACUGUACCCCAUCAUUUUUAUAACUCAGGCAAAACCUGAUUAAAGUAAGAAAACGAACACCUGAAUAAGUAUUUGGUGCCCAUUUCCAACUGUUGGCCGUUGCUGUGGGCAAUGAGUAUUAAAAUCUUUUAUUCGGUAUUUUAUAUUGCAACAUUGAUAUGCUGUAUAGUGUUAUAUAGUACAUUUUCUGGAAAUUCUUUUGAGAAACUACACUCAGUUGCCAGUUCAUAAGGUACACUUUGCUUAAACGAAGUCUAGUAAAUACAUUUAAAUAAAUUUAAAUACAUGGGAGUUGAUAAAAUAUUAGGAACACUUCUCUGAUACAUCACUAAAAAGACCAUACAACUGAUUCAGCAUCUUUCUGAACAGUUGCAUCAAAAGCAGAUUAUAACCUUCAUGAACAUGGAUUUACUGCAGAGCUGUUGCAUUUGAACAUUUUUUAACUUGCACUAUUUAACGUCUUAGAGUCUCAUUUUAUCUUUUAAUUGUGUGAUUUUAUUUUUUGAUACACAUUUUAUUAGAAUUGUUGGAGGAAGCCUGAGUCACACGAUUUUCAAUGGCAAAAACUGCCUCUGAUAUUGUUGUGCAUCUGAUUAAAAAUAACUUGAAAACUUUAAGCUAGGUGGACCUUAACUGGAAACUGAGUGUUGGUAUAGAUAAAAUAACCAGAUAGGAAAACGAAUUCAGUGAAUUACAUACAUGGCAAAGAUAUUUCAUCACAUUGAUGCAAAAUUUAGUAAAUCUAAAAUUGCCACAAAGCAGUGAAGUUGGAAUUGUAUGGAAAUAUCUCUGACAGUUGGCAAACGGUCUCAUGUUGAAUAUACUGUGUGGUCAUAUCGCCCCGCCCUACUCAACAGCUAUGGACACGUUUUGCGAACAGUAAUGUGGUUUGAUACCUAGCCCCAGUUUCAGGCGGAUAGUUUGGCAUGCCAUUAGAAGUCUUUUAGAAACAAGGAACCCUGUAAAGUAAGCAGCUGUUAAAGGAUUGUACCGAAGGUUUAAAAACAGACUGUAGAAACAGUUUUUCAAGCUUGGAGUUUUAUCAUUCAUUUUGAACCAUGCAGGUUUUAAGCUCUGCUGUAGGAUUUACAUUUCUCCGUUGAGAUUAUUGAUCAAAUGUUUUAUUGCUUGUGAUUGUAACACACUGAAGGUGCAAAAACCCUGAACAUAUUGUACAUGUAUAUUUCUAAUAACUUUGAUUACUUUCCAAUGCACAGAGCAUGCAAAUCAGGAUCAGGGCUAAGAGUCUUAAACUGUCUGUGCUGUACUGUGCUGCAAGUAGACACCAUUGUCAUUAAUGUUGUGAGAGGCCACCGUGCUAUAAGAUUUUUUUUUUCUUAAGUGGUGUUUUGCAGAUUUUAGUGCAUGCUUGUGAACAGGGAAGUCACAUCCAGCUGCGGUGCAGCUAUUUGUUCCCCUUGGACCACUUGUUUCAGUGCAAUGCAUUUUGGCAACUUCAUCUUCACAUUUUACUAUUGUGCCAAAUUCCAUUUUUAAUUCUGUCUUAGCUGGUUGGGCUGAGGAUGCAGAGUAAUAGCAGGACUUCUAAGGUGCUAUUGCUCCUCUCUGGGACGCUUGAGGUGUCAUUUAAUUGUUUUUUUUUUUAGGUGGACUAAAUUGGAAUUUUAAUCCUCCUCAAGACAACAAUUUAAUUGCCAGAAUUUAAUACAAGACAUUAUGCUGAAACAUGUGAGUGGUGGUAUGAGGAAACAUAUUUGCAGACACUGUUCAUUACGUUCAGCCUCUUUCUCUCCACUCUUUACUCUCGAGGCCUAUUUUUCAUGUCAUGUUUUUUACUCAGAAUUGUGGAAGUUUCUUUACCACACUGCCUCUAAAGGAUUGUUCAACAUGUAUGUUGUUUUUUUUGUACAUUUCCCUCCUGCAGCUUCCUGCAGUACUUCUGAAAUGAGGAAGAGAAAAAGAAACAUCCAUGACUGGACAUAAUAAGAGUAAAGUCCCGUUUCACUCCCAACAGCCUUAGGGUGUUCUUCUAGACUUUGAUUUGUCAGUGAAGUCUCUUCUUACACUUGAAUUGAUAUUUAAAUAGACCAUUUGUAUGAUUUCAGCUGUUGUAAUUUGUCUUUUUUUUACCAUGUAAAUAAAGCUGUUGUACAUGU